AUGAGUCAACACGAAGAGGUGGUUGAUGUGAAAGCGACGCCGAUUGCUCCAGAUUGCGGCAAAGAGGGGGCAAGUGUGCACGUUCACGAACUCCCCACCAGUUAUUUGAUUGAACACUUGCUGACGAAGGAAACGUUUGAUGUUCACGCGAUCCGACUAAAACAUUACGCGGAUGACAUGCUCAUUGUGACAGAGGAGCUAAAGCAUCACGUGUCAUUUCAGGGGAUCAACUUGGGGGUGAGAGCUGCGAAAGGAGGGCGAUUCAAUCGCCAGUCAAAGGAAUGA